UUUACCGUUCGCAAGUGAAAGACAAAUUUGAAUUUGAAUGUGUGCUUAGGAGAAUCCUUCCGAAUGCAAGAGAAAUGGCGUUGGUGAAUUUCAGUUUGCCUUAUCAAUCGGUUACAAUGGCACCGUUUCUUUACGCGGGCUCAACCGAGGGCUACACGACCGCCAACAGUCUUCGUUUGAACACCGCGUUACCAUCGGGAUCUACGAUCAGUUACGCUGAACGAGAAAACUUUCAUAAUGAGCCCUAUACUCCACCAAUUAGAUUCCAUCAACAUCAACGUAGUCAAUUUACUCAGCAGAAGAAUCAUGAGAUUUAUACGGAACACACGACCUUUUCGACACAAGGCACCCAUUACAAUGUAUACAACCAGGACUUUAGAAGGACGCAACCAAGGCAGCAACAACAACACAUGAGACCGCCAUCGCUUCCCUCAUCAUUUCAGUAUCAGCAAUCGCCUGAACGCAUCAAACCUCGGAUAGAAGAGCAACAAAAUCAUCCAGAAAAACCUAUUGGUUACACGAGUGUCAGUGGCGGGAGCUCCAUCGGUCCGGAUACUAAGACUUCGAUCCACGCCGUGUUGGAUUACGACGAUGAUUUCGAUGAUUACUACGAUGACGAAGAUCACGACAUACCGAUGAACACGCAUGUCACACCUAUCCAGGGUCCAAUCUUUUUGAAGAACAACACUGUACCUGUGGUACCACUGUACUCGUAUCCCCAACUAAACAACGGGACAUUUGUGCAGAUACCGAUAUUAUGGACUGCGCUUUCAAUAGUUCUGGGUGCUGAACUGAAAGGAGACUUGGUACGAGGCGCACCAUGUAUCAAGAGAUAUCAUCAAUUGUUCUGUCCGACCGCUGGAAACACAUAUCCAAUAGAACACAUAGAACGUUUUAUUGACGAAAAUAAAGCAUUAAUGAAAAGAAUGUACGGUGAUUUUGAGAUGAAUCCAGAGUACAGAUCGAAUGAACGCGGGCAUCGUACUAAAACGCGAAGAAAAAGUAGAGAAGCGCGAAAACACGAUAUCCUGAACGGCGGGUCCAAAGAUGAUGACUUGCAUAUAGAAAGCAAGAUUGGCGAAGAAUAUUUUAGUAAGAGUAGAAAUGCCAGACAGUCUUUCGGGAAAAAUCGCAGCAAAGAGAGUAGCAGAAUUGACGCGUGCGAAUCGAAAGUUGAAAUCGUGACUCCUUAUUGGGCAAGCAACAGUGCAGGAAAGAUUCGCGCCAUUGUGAAUACUCAACAUUUCGAACAAGCGAUACAUCAGGAAGUGUGCUCAAAAACACAAACAAAUCGAUGCAGCAGGGACUGCGGAUGCGAACAGAAGUACAAGUGGCACAGAUUGCUCGCGUACGACCCGGAUAACGACUGUAAGGGUAUAUUCAUGGACUGGUUCCUAUUUCCCUCUUGCUGCGUAUGUAGAUGCGAUCCUGUCAACAGUAGCAAGUUCUCCUCAUCUAAUGACCGAAACUGAUCUAGAAAUUGACAUAGAGAUUGACAAGCUACAAAAUAUGCUAUGUAAACAAUAAGAACCUUAUUUUAGACCGCAUAUGU